AUGUGCUGGAAAGGAAAGUGUCAGCAUCGACCAAACAAGUACCGUCUCAGUGGUGUUGGUGGUGGCGGACAAGUCACUAACGAGGAUUUCUUAUCCCCAUCUUCUGAAAUUGUCAAUGAUGAAGAACAUAUCGAUGAGGUUUCCAUUAACGGACGCGAGUUCUACCAUGAUAGAAGGUAUGACCUAGAAGUCAAGGACGAUUAUCCUCUGGAGUUGCAUGUGCAACACAAUUGGAAGGUGCGUAGAGGCGUUCCAUCACUUCCCAAUACUCGCACUGACUCAACACGUGAUGCCGAUUCCGUUGUCGGGUGGCAUGAGCGACAAACCGCCCCUUGA